AGGAUUUUGGUAGUUUCCGGGUCGUUACUAGUUACCACAGCCACAGAGUUUUAAACCCCGCCUAUUCCUACAAUUUAUAUUCUUAAAAUCUGAUUUGGAACCUUAGCAAAUCCACACUGCUAACCUUAUGCAUAACCCUAACCUUAAAUUAAGACCAAAAGGCACAUUUUUUUUCACAUUAAUUUUCUACGAUCUAGCCAAUUUCAACUUUGUGGCUGUGGUAACUACUGGAAAAUUAGUUUCCGUCCUUCUACCAACGAGUUAGCAAACUAGCAUUAGCAUCUUAAUAAUCCCUCGGUCAACCUGAACUCGUUGGAGGAUUCGCCAGUGUUGGACUCCCUGGCAAUAUGACGCUAUUUCAUUUCGGGAAUUGCUUUGCCUUGGCUUAUUUUCCCUACUUUAUAACCUACAAAUGCAGUGGAUUAUCAGAAUAUAAUGCAUUCUGGAGAUGUGUUCAAGCAGGAGCUACCUACCUAUUUGUGCAGCUAUGCAAGAUGCUAUUUCUGGCCACAUUUUUCCCUACGUGGGAGGGAGGAGCUGGCGUGUAUGACUUUGUUGGUGAGUUUAUGAAGGCCACGGUGGACCUAGCAGACCUUCUGGGCCUGCAUCUGGUCAUGUCCAGGAACGCAGGGAAGGGAGAGUACAAGAUCAUGGUAGCCGCGAUGGGAUGGGCCACAGCAGAGCUCGUUAUGUCAAGGUGUAUACCUCUAUGGGUGGGUGCCAGAGGCAUUGAGUUUGACUGGAAGUACAUACAGAUGAGCUUCGACUCCAACAUCAGCCUGGUGCACUAUAUCGCCAUGGCAGCAGUGGUGUGGAUGUUCACGCGGUACGACCUCCCGAAGAGCUUCCGUCUGCCUGUGACUGUACUGCUAGGGCUGUGUGUAUACAAGGCCUUCCUCAUGGAGUUGUUUGUCCAUGUGUUCCUGCUGGGGAGCUGGACAGCCCUCCUGGUGAAAGCGGUGCUCACUGGAUCCAUCUCCCUCUGUUCUCUCUUCCUCUUCGUCACACUGGUGCACAGCAACUGAGACUGGCUGGGAGCCCAAACAAAGAGGGUCUUUAACACACACACACACACACACACACACACAGGGCCUUUCAACCAGACUGCGCCUGUAUAGAUUAAUUUUGUAUCGCUCAGAAAGAUGGCAGGAAUAUGAGCAUUCAUGAUUUCAGACUUGUUUUGUUAUGAUACUUAUUUUUUUUAAAUGUAUGAUUUAUUAUUGUGCUGAAUUAGUACGGUAGAUUGAGUAUUUAUAACAAGUGGAUGAAAGUGGAUUACUCUUAAGCGUUGUAGUACAAUUACUAUACUACUUUAACAUGUAAGCAGAUGGUACAAUACUGUUGUUACACUGUGUGUGCUCAGCUGCAUUGCUGCAGGUAUGAAAGAGAUUAACUUAAUCUCAUUCGACAUGAUGAAAUACAAAUGUUGGCACACUUCUUGUCACAUGACUGAAGCAGCAUAAUGGCUUAUUUAUGUUGUAAGAUUACAUGACAUGGUAACAGUGGGUUAUGCUACUCUAUGGAAAUUUAGUGAGGUGUGUGUGAAUGGCCAAUAAAUGACUUCAUAUGCUA